ACUGCGCUUGAGACCCACCCCUCGUCGCGUUACGAAACAGAUCGCCCUUGGCCGACUCCUUCAACCUUGAACCCGACCCUUGCCGUUCGUUGCUUUACUUUCGCAGUCCCUGACGGCAUCUUCCCAUCUUCUCUCUGCAAUCUGCAGCCGCGAUACAGCCAUCAAUCGAUCCCGUCAGCUCCCGUCAGCUUCCAACCGCGCCCCGAUCGAAUCCCCCAAACACUUGCCCUCAUGGGUAAAUCAUCCCAAUAUGGCGUCAUACUCGACGCUGGUUCCUCUGGAACACGUCUAUAUGUCUACAAGUGGAAGAACCACGCCGCCGCCGCCAAAGAUGCCUCCACCACAAAGCUGAAGAGUCUGCCCGAGAUCAAGCUUGAGAAGAGCAAGAAGAUCCACCCCGGCGUCUCCUCCUUCGCCGACAGUGUCACCAAGAUCGGCCCCGACCAUCUCCAAGAGCUUAUCGACUUGGCCCUCGAUGAGGUCCCUCACCACAAAGUCCCCGAGACUCCCAUCUACCUGAUGGCCACCGCCGGCAUGCGACUCCUCCCCGACCACCAGCAGAACGCCCUGCUCCAGACCAUGUGCACAUACCUCCGCGCGAACUCCAAGUUCAUCCUGCCCGACUGCGACGCUCAUAUCCAGGUUAUCUCUGGUGAAACCGAGGGUCUCUACGGCUGGAUCGCCGCAAACUACCUGCUCGGUGGCUUCGAUACUCCCAAAGACCACGACCACGGCAAAGACCACCAUACUUAUGGCUUCCUCGACAUGGGUGGUGCCUCUGCCCAGAUCGCCUUUGCUCCCAACUCGACCGAGUCAGUGAAGCACGCAAACGACCUGAAGCUAGUCCGUAUGCGCAACCUCGAUGGCUCCCCGGCCGAGUACAAAGUCUUCACCUCGACGUGGCUGGGUUUUGGCGCCAACAAGGCUCGCGAUCGCUUUGUCGAGAGCCUGCAAGAAGCCUACUCCGGCGAGAAAGAACUCCCCGACCCUUGCAUGCCCAAGGGCCUGCGUACCACUCUCACCGGUGACCCCGUCGACGGCAAGAGUAAGGAACCCAUUCUAGUCGGAACCGGUUUGUUUGAUGAGUGUCUGCGCAAGACACACCCGCUGCUGAACAAGGAGCUCCCCUGCGAAGAUCAACCGUGUCUCAUCAACGGCCAACAUGUACCUGCUAUUGACUUCGACAUCAAUCAUUUCGUCGGUGUCUCCGAGUAUUGGCACACGACCCAUGGUGUAUUUGGUAAGAAGCACAAGGCAUACGAUCUCGCCACUUAUCAGAAUAAUGUCAUGGAGUUUUGUAGUCGCGAGUGGGAGGAUAUCGAGGAUGACAUGGACUUGGAAAAACGCAAGAAAUCACCAGAGGAAAAGGCCCAGGAAGCUCGACAAGCAUGCUUCAAGGCUUCAUGGCUCAUCAACAUGCUCUACGACGGAAUCGGCAUUCCUCGAGUUGGGCUGGAAGGUGGUGUCGCGUCCAACUCCACCAAGGACGAUUCAGACCACGAGAAGGGAUUCGCCGAUCCAUUCAGGCCAAUGGACAAGAUUGAUGGUGUUGAACUGAGCUGGACCUUGGGAAAGAUGGUUUUGUACGCCGCCGGCCAAGUGCCUCCGUCGUCAAACGACGCUCUGCCCGUGGGAUUCGGAAGCAACGUGGAGUCGGGCAAACCAGAAGAUUUCGAGCUUGCUGGAUCAGUUCCAAUUCCUGCGAACCUGGGCAGCCACGACGACGACGAUGACGAUGAUUGGGAUGAUCUUUUGGAAAAGCCAUCAAGCUCCACGUCCGGCGUUUUCGCUUUCAUUUUCAUUCUGCUCGUGUUGGCAUUUAUCCUUCGCAAACCCGAGCGAAGGAGAAGGUUGUUCAGCCUGGCUCGUCGUCGCCAUCGCUCCAGCGGCGGACGCAAAUCCAGCCGAGGUUUCUCGCUGGCUAACAAGAUCUUUGGCCGAAAUACGCCGGCGUACGAGAGGGUCAUGGAGGAGGGUGACUUGUCCGACUUUGAGCUGGGCGACGUAGACUCGGACGAGGAUGAGCAUUCGGACAGCAGUGAGGAGGCUUCCCGACAAGGACGAGCGUCAGGGCUGGCGACUCCCCAGUUCAGUGGCCGAGUGGAUGAGCUCCGACCUCCGCCGUCUGCCAUGGACCGUUCUGGCCUGGUUGUGCGAACCGAGAGCCGGGAGAGGCUAUCACUUCAAACAAUCAACGCUGGGCGACGGAGUCGGAACGUGAGCCCGAUCCGAUCAAAGAGCCCAUUUAUGACGCCGUUGGCAGAGGACUAGACCAGUUAGGAUACUAAUGGUAUCGGAUCUGGUCAGGAGUCGGCCAAAGAGGUGGUCUGAAAAUUGGAUGGGAUCUGAAA